ACUCCGACACCAAGCAGAAGAGGAAGUUAGCCGAGAUCUACCAAGUGCUCAGCAAUGAGCCCGUGGACAUUGCUCCCCUCCGGCGCAUGGCUAUCAGCGAAGGAGGCCUCCUCCUGGACGAGAUCCGCUGCAAAGUGUGGCCCAGGCUGCUCAACGUGAACACCGACGACCUCCUGCCUCCGCCAGGUGAAGCCCUUCCGGUGGGAUUUGAAUACAAACAGGUUGUGCUGCUUCAUUCUGGACUCGUUGAAUUUCUUCCUUACAUGCCCGAUGAGCAGAGAGAGGGUCUCCAGGAAGAGCUGAUAGACUGCAUCCUGCAGGUUCUGCAACGCAACACGCAACUCCAUUAUUACCAGGGAUACCAUGACAUUGUGGUCACCUUCCUUCUCGUGGUGGGGGAGAGGCUGUCUGCCACCCUGGUGGAAAAACUAUCAACCCAUCAUCUCAGGGAUUUUAUGGACCCAACCAUGGAAAACACCAGACACAUUUUAAAUUAUCUGAUGCCCAUCAUAGACCAAGUGAAUCCGGAUCUCCAUGAUUUCAUGCAAAGAUUGUCCUCCAUCGGGCACCGGAGGUCCUGGCCUGCGACUGCGACAUGGCUUCCGUCCACCAUCUGCUGUCCCAGAUCCCCCAGGACCUCCCUUACGAGAUGCUCAUCAGUCGGGCUGGAGACCUCUUCGUUCAGUUCCCGCCUUCAAAGCUCGCCCAGGAAGCGGCUCAGCAGCAAGCCGAGAGAACGGCGGUUUCCACCUUCAAAGACUUUGAGCUGGCUUCAUCCCAGCAACAGCCAGACACCAUCCUCCGUCAGCGCUUCCGAGAACAACACCGGGUGGAGGAGAGAGCCAAGUCUCUCUUAGCGACCAAACCCAGGACCAACCGCUUCGUCAAGCUGGCCGUGAUGGGGCUGACGGUGGCGCUGGGGGCGGCCGCCGUGGCGGUGGUCAAGAGCGCCCUCGAAUGGGCCCCCAAAUUUGAACUCCAGAUCUUCCCCUAAGGCUGAAGGACGGAAGGAAUGUCCUUUCUCAUCCUCCGCUCCGCGAGCUGAAAGCCACCUCGGCGGAAGACAAGCUGAGUUUUGAGGCCAGCAGCCCCGAAUCCGUUCCCUUCCGCAAGCAACCUUCGGCCGUCGGAGAGCGGACCGUUGCCUUGGGCUGCCCCAGGGUGCGUGGUCUCAACUUCUGCUCGCUCUUCCGGCCAGCAAAGGGGCAACUCUUUUCCACGAAGACCCCCCCUUCUGUCCCCCGUCGUCCGCCGGAUGAACAGAGACGUCUCGGCGUGCCCGUUCGGAGGAGGAGAUUCGGUAGUGUUCCUGCGGUUUUAUCCAAAGCAGAGACCCCUUCCCUGGGAUCUUGAGAACGAGCGAUUCUUGGUCGCCUGUCUUAACCCAAAAUGGGAGAAGAAAUAUGGAAGAAGAAGAAAAAUUCUCAGCAGUUGCCAACGGCAGGACUGGAUUCUCGCUAGUUCUCGUUUCGAUAUUUUGUGUCAGCAGGAAAAAAAAAAAUUUGUUAACGCACGGAAUGGAUCAGCAACUUGGCAACUUUUAAGACCCGUUUUAGACUUUUAGGAAUUCUGGGAGUCGAAGCCCACAAAUCUUCAAAGCUGCCGAGAUCGGACACCCUUGGAAUGGAUCUUCUUAGGACUUUCAAACUGAUCCGUUGCCAUGCAAGCCACGGGGAGGGGGGUAAAAAUCAACCCGGAUCACCCAGUUUGAAGGGCGAUGCAGAGCAAACUUCCCCGAAGGAAAAAUAAUAAAACUUUCCUUUCCCUGCAUGAAUAAUUCUCAAGAAGGCGGCUCAUCUAACCCAUAAUUUCCCCACUGCAAACGCCUCUCUCACAAGUGUCCUUACCCAACCUUCGCUACCUUGGACAGACGAGUUCUCGGCUACCUUGGAAGCGACUGGAGCAGAAAGCUCCUGAGAGCCACGCUUCCCAGCACUCCCGAUACCCGAGCCGAGAUCCGCUCGCUUUGACAACGUUCCACAUUGCGUUGACCCCAAGAGCAGAGCAUUGAGGUGGACAGUUGCGGAGUCCUCCUGCGUCCUUCAAGCUGAAACUCAAGAUGUCCUUCAGAAACCACAGCUUCCACGAAACGCCAAGGGCCACGCCCUGGAGACUUCACCUCUGGGUGUUUUUUUCUUUCAAAACCGUUUGCAUUGAAUUCUCCUCUGUGCCAGAGACUUACGGCUUCUUCCGGAGAAGCCGCCAGGACACCCACAACGAGUUGUCCUUCUCAUGCCCCUUGUGGGCCUUCUCUUCUGGACGAGCUCAGGGCUGGUGGCGGAAGGUCCGCGCCCUCCUCCAAGGGGUUGGAUUGUGUUUGCGUGGUUCUGAAGACCACUUGAUAACCCAAGAAGCUGGUUGGACUUCAGCCUCUGCUUUGCCUUGAAGAUGAAGUAGUUGUUCAGAUGUUUCUAGGCCAGGGGUGUCAAAUUCAUGUCCCCAUCCGGCCCACGGGCCACUUUAAGCCGGAAAAUAGCAAAGGACUGGCCCAUGCUAGUGAAAACAGGAUGGGGGUGACUCACACACACCGUUUUCGGCCUGGAUGGCUUCUUGCAGCACUUUGCCAGCCAAAAUGGAGCACCGGGGAGCACAGCAGGGUGCUACAAGAGGUAUUCCGCCCCCCCCCCCCCCCCAAGCAGGCCCAAGGAGAACUACAGUUGUAAUCCGGUUUUGGAAGAAAUCCAGUUUGACACCCCUGUUCUAGGCAGACGGACCAUGAGUCCCCCAACGUUUUUGACAACGGGUUUUGGACUGUACCAUCCCACUGACAGGGGAGAGGAGCAUAGGUAGACGUUCCCCAACGGUUUGGAUCGAAAACCUGGUGUCAUAUCAUAAGAAGCAGGCAUGGUGUGGUGCCAUCCGAGCA